UAAAAGUUCACUUUUUGUGACCCUGGAUUGCAGGAAAGAGGGAACUGAAGGGGAAAAGAAGGUGUUUCAGAAAAUGUAUAGAAACAAUCUGUAAUCUUAGCUCAUUUUCUCAAAGAAGAAACCUUUCGAUUGGAAUCUAUAACCAUCUUCCCUACAGGAUCCUACUUUUAUAUCAUCACCACUUCAUUUAAAAUCACUUUUGUCAACAUGUGCGAGCAACCAGAACCCGUCUGCCCCGUAAAUGCCACCAUCUGCACGGGCACGUCCUGUCUGGUGCCCUAUGAUCCGUUCAAUGACAUCCUCAACUUGGUGAUGAGCACCACGCUUACCAUCAUGCUGGCUUUGGUCAUGUUUUCAAUGGGUUGCACUGUUGAAGCAAGAAAGCUCUGGAAGCACAUCCGCAGGCCCUGGGGUAUUAUCAUUGGUUUCCUGUGCCAGUUUGGCAUCAUGCCUUUCACAGCCUUUGCGCUUUCUAUGAUUUUUGACGUGCUUCCAGUCCAAGCUAUAGUUAUCAUAGUCAUGGGCUGUUGCCCUGGAGGUUCCAGCUCCAAUGUGUUCUGCUACUGGCUUGAUGGAGACAUGGACCUAAGCAUCAGCAUGACAGCAUGUUCUUCAAUUCUGGCUCUGGGAAUGAUGCCUCUUUGUCUGUUCAUCUACACCACAGUCUGGACUUCAGGCGAUGCUAUCCAGAUCCCUUACAACAGCAUCGGAAUCACACUAGUGUCUUUACUUGUGCCUGUCUGUAUUGGGAUGUACACAAAACACAGGUGGCCCAAAGCAGCCAAAAAGAUCCUCAAGGUGGGAUCUGUGGUAGGAAUCCUCUUAAUCGUCAUCAUUGCAGUCAUAGGUGGUGUUUUGUAUCAGUCCUCAUGGACUAUUGCUCCUUCACUUUGGAUCAUCGGUACCAUUUAUCCAGUUAUUGGCUUUAGUUUGGGCUUUCUCCUGGCACGCUUUGUGGGACAACCUUGGAACAGGUGCCGCACCAUCGCUUUAGAAACAGGCAUGCAGAACUCCCAGCUGGCCAGUACUAUUACCCAGCUGUCCUUCAGUCCUGCGGAGCUUGAGCUCAUGUUCGCUUUCCCCUUAAUCUACAGUAUCUUCCAACUGGUUGUAGCUGGGAUUGCGAUAGGACUUUAUCACUCAAUGAAGCGCUGUAGGCGAGGGACAUCGGAAGAGGAGGAUGGGGAAGGCGCACGGAGCACAGUUGAGGAUCAGGAUAAGGAGAAUUACACCUUGGAGAAUGGUGGCUUCAACUGUGAUGAGAAUAGCAACACUGAGAAUAAGGACAAAGGUACAAAGUUGUGAGCAAAGCUUUAUUCUGCUAGCCUGUUUGACCAGAGCGGUCAGCACCGACCUUCUAGGGCAAGGAACUUUGAAUAUGCUAUUCAAGCUCAACCAGAGUAUGGAUAAACUCAACCCGUCAAGACAAGUGGAUGCACUUUCCCACAUUAUAUAAAAAUAUUUCAAACAAGUUUUUUUACGAUGCGUAUGCUGACAGGUUUACUAACGCAACACUGUAUUUUGUCUGAGUAUUAUGUGUUAUGUUUUUUCUUUGGUCUGCAAAUUUCAGUUCAAAUACCUUAGUUUCAGCAUAUUUACUGAAAAUACGCUGAGUCUUUUCAAAUGUCCUAAAAAUGCUAGUAAUUCUAACACCAAUGUAAUAAAAGUGAAAUAUUUAAUAAUUUAAGGAAACAUAUAUUACAUAUGUCUAGUAGGUGGAAUGUAAGCUAAUUUAUUUAAAUGUUUUUUUUGUAUACAGAUCAUUGUAAUGGACUUCUAAUGUUUUUCUUUUUAAAAUGUGUAUAAUACAGAAAAUGUAUACUGAAAUUGUAAACUUUUAACCAUAUUUGAGCAAUGGUACUUUUCUACAUAAAUGGGGAUCAAAACAGUAGGGAUUUCUAUGGGUUUUUUUUAUGUUCCUACUUUCUAGUCUGGGGGCAGGAAAGAAGUGUAACAAAGUUGUGGGGAGAGAGUGCGAGAACUCCCCUGGUCAAGCACAAAUUAUUUCAAAUUAAGCUUUAAAUUACAUUGCUUACAAGCUCUCAAAACUGUCAAACUGGCAUUUCAUGCAGUGCGUUUCCCUUUUUUAUUUUGUUGGUUAUAUUUAUAUGCAAAACACCAUAAAUAAAAAAAAUGAAUAUUCAAAAA